AUGCGUUUCGUCAGUGUCGUGUUAAUUCUCGUCGUGGCCACAAUGGUGAGCUCGGCGUCCGCUAUAGACUUCAGUCUUCUCUCAAAGCACCCUUACGACAUAGAAAAGGCUGAUGAACUCUUCGAACUAUUCAUGAAAAAGUACCAAAAGGUUUACACGAGUGAAGAUGAUAAACAAGCGCAUUUCCAAGUGUUUGUGGAGAACUUGAAGAAGGUCAAUCAGAUGAACGAGGAGAUCUUAAAGAACAACGAUUCAUAA